ACAGAACCGUUGAUUGGCUGCCCCACAUCAGACAACUGCGCGGUCGUUGGUAUUGAGUGUCCCCGAUUUGUGAUGGAUCCAGCGACCUUAUAUUUAGGGUUCCUCUCAAGCGAUAAACUAACAUUGUCAAAUAAACGACUGGACAGCAGCUAUGACUGGCCAACAGUAAAGGACCGGACGUACAGCGGGGCACAGGGAUCAUCUGUGAUUACCAACCGACAAACAAUGUACUUUGAAACUGUCAUUUAUUAUCGAAUAGUUCAGGACCUAGAUAAAAAUAAUCUGGUUUUCGAGGUUGCUUUCGCAACUGAAAAGGCAAUUGGUGAAAUUUUCUAUGUCGGUAACCAAAAAGGGGCGUGGUCCAUUUAUGCGUACAAUUCUGAUACACAUGGAGUCACUCUCUUCUUCAAAAGUCAUGGAGGCAAUCUAAUGCAUAGUGAAAUUCUCAGUGACGCGACUUCCGGAACAGAAAAGUACUUGAAUUUGGGAUUCCUCAUUAACAGAGUAGACAGAUUUAUCGCUGUGUUUGACAUUUACAUGAACAGGAAGAUAUACACCUUUACUAACGUGAACGGAUCUCAGGAACUGUGGCCCGUAUUCGGAGUUUUUAACACGGAGAGACAACUUGUUCGCCUUCGACUGAACUCUGAAAGAGACAUAAACAAUGUACCUUGUGGUCUGUUUUAGCUUAUACUCUCAUAUUCAGCAAUGAUUGCUAUGAAUACGACGAAACAGAGACAAAGUUGUAAAAGUUACACAUGUUUAAUAAUAUAAACAGUGUAGAACAGUGGCAGAAAUAGGACACUGAUGGAUAUUUCGUAGUAUAAUUGACAGUUAUUGUGAAUCCGGGAACAGUCAGAUAUUUGGUUAACAUGGUACAAUAAUGAAUAAUAAAUUCCUUUUUUUUUUUAGACAAGGCAAUAUGUUUAGAUAUUUGUCUACUUUACAAUAUGGCC